ACCCUUGCACACACACUUUAGAUUAGUAAGCAUAUUAUACAAUAACAUAGUAGUGUAAGCAAUAUGUGUAAUUUUUUGCAAGCGACUGCGUCGCCAAGACAAGAACGUAGAAUAAGCAAGAGUUAGUCGUGAAUAAGUAGCCGAUUCGUAUAAUACUGUGUUGUUAAAAUAUUCUUAUAAUAAAAUAUUUUCUUAAAAUUAAACAGAUUUUGUGUAGUGUUUUGAAUACAACCCGUAAGUGAACGAACUUUUUUACAACAUAUAUAUACCUUUUGGCCUUAACCGAAAGAGUAUAUAACAACUGGUGGCAGCGGUACCUUUUCGGAGUAUUCUAACACAACGAAGUCUGUCUUUUACUCAGGUGACACAGUCGUCAAUUUAUAUAAAUUUUAAUAUUAUAUACGUAACAAAUACGUAUCUAUACAAUAUACGUAUUAUUAUAUACGUCUAUUGUCUAUACAUCAUUCAUGCUAUGGUGUCUUUAUACGUAGCAUAAUACACCGUGUAUAGUGUAUUACGCAACGUCAACAACAUUCCUGAGUGCGAAAUUACAAUCAUCAACAUCGAUAUUAAAAUCGUUUCGAUUGUGACGUUUACUCAUCAUCCGUCACGAGUCGCUGUCGUCGUCAACGCCGCCGUCGUUAUCCUUGACCGUGACAGAAAAUCUAAGUGGGUCAAACCAACGGAGUGGGAGCGCUGAGCGUCCAGGAACGUCACGAGAGCAGCUACGGUGUUUACAUUGUGACAAGCUAUCACUGAUAAUCAGCCGUAUCAACCAAUAACAACAACAAACAGCAUGUAUACGUUAAGCAUAAGAACUAUACUAGUAUUACUAAUUGUUUUUGGAAAAACGAUGGCAAAUUCAUUCAAUCUAACUCCAAUAUACAACCCAUCAGGAAUCUAUUUUCACACAAUAAACAAUCUACGCAUAUUCAACUCUCACUGGCGCUUCUUAACCUAUAUUAAUAUUACAAACUAUAAUGAAAAAUACAAUAAAAUCGGUAACAUGAUAAAAGAUUUUGAAGAGUCCUGUGAAAUGAGUAAAUCCCUUGAGAUAGAUUCUUUACAACAACUUUGUUCCCAAUAUAAUUAUCAAGCAUAUAACUUUUUAUCAGAAAUUAGUAGUAAUAAAGAACAUGUAAUGAAAAUUAUAGAUCAACCAAAAAACAAUUACCGUACCAAGAGAGGUCUAAUCAAUUUAGUUGGGAGAGUAUCUAACGUCCUAUUCGGUGUAUGUGACGACACCGACGCAGAAUAUUUUUACAGUAAAAUAAGAGAUCUUGAAAUUUCAAAUUCACGCGUUUCUAAAUUAUCUGAUGCACAAAUACAAAUUAUGCAAUCAAUUAUAUCAAACGUAAACUCAUCGCUAUUAGAAACAAAUAAAAAUGAAAUUAAUUUAGCCGAAAAAUACAGUUAUCUACUUCAUGAAAUGCAAGCAGAGAAAGCUGCAAUAGGUAUCUUAAAUUUUAAAACAGCACUAGAAGAAAGAAUAUCAUUAUUAAAUAUCAUUUUAACACAAUACGCAUUUGAAACAGAAAAUUUACUAAAUAUAAUAAAUAUGGCCCUACAAGGUUUUGUUCACUCCAGUAUAUUAGAUAUAAAUACCCUUAAAAACCAAUUAAAAGAUAUUAAAACACAAUUACCCAUAGGAGAAGGCAUACCAAUAGAUUUAGAUAAUUCAGGAAUAUCAGAAUUGUUACGACUAAUUACAACUAACAUAGUAUAUAUAGAAAAUGUAUUAAUUUUUGUCAUAGAAAUACCUAUAGUUAACAAUUAUGAAUUUAUAUUAUAUAAAAACAUACCUUUACCAGUUAACAUAUACGAUAACGACUAUGUAAUGAUAGCUCCAAAAUCUGAUUAUAUAGCUAUAGAUAAAUCUAGAUUAUAUUACUUAGAAUUAAGCGAAAUACAAAUAUCAAAAUGUAAACAAAUGAUGAAUACGUUAUUAUGUACUUAUGAUCAACAGUUACAUCAUUUGGAUGAAUCCUGUGAGCUAACAAUAUUUAGAAAGCCAGGUAUAUUACCUAAUUUGUGUAACUUAAAAAAUGUUAAUUUUAAUUUUAGUAUAUGGCAUAGAUUAGAUAAUACAAAUUCUUGGAUAUAUGUUACGAUUAGGGAUAAUAUUAUCAUUAAAUGUAAAAAUAAUUCAGAAACAAUAGUAGUAAGUAUAAACGGCACAGGCAUUUUAGAUUUAGACAAUCAAUGUGAAGCCAAUACUGAUGACGGGACAUUAUUAAUAGCAAAAAGAAAAAUAACUACAAAAAUGUAUAAAGACUUUAUUCCACAACUAGACGUUUCAAUUAACUGGAAAACUAAAUUAAACAUUACAAAUACAAUUUUAAAAAAUUCAAAUAUUCCAGAUAAAGGUAAUUCUAUAGUAAAAAAAAAAUUUAUUCAAACUAAUAGAAUACUCCAAAUCACUAGAAGAAUUAAAAUACAUAAAAACAAGUAGUAAUGUUAUGGGCACAAUAGGUGAUGAAUUAUACAUAAUUAUAACAAUAAGUAUCAUCAGUAUAGGUUUAGUAAUAAUAAUAAUUUUAUAUUUAAUAAUCAAAAACAAACAUUGUAAAACAUCUAAUUCUGUAAAAAACCCAAUAGAAGGUAAGAUAAUAUAUGAAACCGUAGACAAUCCAAAUCAUGAAAAUCCAUUGCCUAGAAUAAUAUAAUUUGCAAUAGGCAAUGAACUUUCAUUUAACCCCGGGGGUGUUAGGAACCCUUGCACACACACUUUAGAUUAGUAAGCAUAUUAUACAAUAACAUAGUAGUGUAAGCAAUAUGUGUAAUUUUUUGCAAGCGACUGCGUCGCCAAGACAAGAACGUAGAAUAAGCAAGAGUUAGUCGUGAAUAAGUAGCCGAUUCGUAUAAUACUGUGUUGUUAAAAUAUUCUUAUAAUAAAA